GACGGACGUUCACCAGGCUGCAGCCCUGAAUUUCGAAGGGUGACCUGUGACCAUUGGCUACCCCCUCGGUUGUGCUCUCUCUCACCACCACCAUGCGGGUGACAGGCAUGAUCCGGUACAUGGCACUGCUCACCACACUGCUGGGCACAUGGUUCAUCGUGCAGACGUACUUCGAUCGGAGCUGGAAAGCCAUCAGCCUGCGGAGCUGGCUCGGUGCCACCGACAAGCCCAGCAGCAAGCAGCUGCCCCGGCACAAGUGCGGGAACCAGAAGAGCUGCCCCCAGAACCAUUUUGCCUUCAAGAUCAUCAGUGGCGCCGCAAACGUGGUGGGACCCUCCAUCUGCUUCGACGACGUGGUCCUCAUGAGCAGCGUGAAAAACAACAUCGGCAGAGGCCUGAACAUCGCACUGGUGAAUGGAACAAGCGGGCAGCUCCUGAAAACUGACAUAUUUGACAUGUACUCUGGAGACAUUAACAAACUGGAUACCUUCCUCAGAGAGAUCAAGCGUGGCACCAUUGUGCUGACAGCCAGCUACGAUGACGCUGCCACAAAGAUGAAUGACAAAGUAUGGGCACAUUUUGUGGAGCUGGGCAGCAGCCACGUGAGCAAGCUGGGCUUCCGGGACAACUGGGUCUUCUUGGGAGCAAAAGGGCUGAAAAACAAGAGCCCCUUUGAAAAGCACAUAAAAAAUGAUGAGAUGACAAAUAAAUACGAUGGUUGGCCUGAGCUGCUGGAGAUGGAGGGCUGUGCCCCAAGGAAGAUGGAUUAG